CUACAUUGUUUCUAAGAUUUAAAAUUCUAGCAAAUGUUUUGGGCCCUUGAGCGUCUGAACUAUAACAAGUACCACUAUUUCGAUUAUAACGUGGGACAGGGAGAGAUGUUACAAUGGCUGUUGUGGUUACUGUUGUUGAUGUAAUUAUUGUAGUAGUAUCUGUUGUAGUAGUAGGUACUAUUUCUGUGGUGGUUGUAGGAAUGACCACUUCCGAUGUAGUGGUAAUAGGGACUACUUGCGUAGUGGUAGUAGGUACUAAUUCUGUGGUGGUAGUAGGAACUGACACUUCCUCAGUGGUGGUCACAGAGAUUACUUGCGUGGUGGUUGUAGGAAUGACCACUUCCGAUGUAGUGAUAAUAGGGACUAUUUGCGUAGUAGUAGCAGUAGAGGUAGUUGUCAACGUAUUGGUACAAUCAUUGGCAUUAUGAUCUGGAUGAGGAUUACAUCCUUGGAAGGCGUCGCAGGUGCCGCCAAUAGCGUGGUAAUUGUGGAUUUCAACACCGGCACUCAAGUUGAACCAAGUAUAGUCCCUACCUACGACGGUACCAGCAAAGUUACCUGUAGAACCAUCAAUAAUGUGGGCUACAAAUAGAAGAGAGAAUGGAGUUAUUAGGCUUUUU